GAAGAUGAGCUUGAGGACAUAUUCGCUUCAAACGCCCGGCAUUUCGGGAGCCGAGACCAUGUUCACUCCGAAGUGGCGUUGCUUGAACAUAUCCACCAGCACAAAAUCGACUUCGCAAUGAAUGAUAGAUACAUCGGAUGCAGCAAGCCGUCUUGCUAUUGUUGCGCUUUGUACAUGGACUGGCACGAAGUUGAGCUUGUAUCGAGACCUUGCCACUUCAAGCUGUGGUUGGGUUGGUGUUUGCCCAACAGCACAGCAGGAGACAUCUCAGCUUCACUCCGACGCUUCCUCAACAGGUUCACCGAUCAUAUUGCAGCUGACAUCAGAUAUUCGAUUCUCCACGGGUCAGCCGUGCGCUCACAUAUGCUCGACUCGACUGCUGGGUUAUCUGAUAGCGAAAGGCAACUUCAGAAGUAA